AUGAGUGUAGAUGCAUUAGGAAGAUUAUGUGAGUUACUUAAAGUUCAGGGUGGAUUAAGCUAUGAAUGUCGUAUAAGUAUACCUGAGCAAGUGAUUACAUUUUUGAUAAUAUUAGCUCAUCAUAAAAAGAAUCGCACACUUCAAGUUAGAUUUUAUAGGUCAGGAGAAACAAUAAGUAGGUAUUUCAAUAAGGUGUUCUACCCGGUUAUACGUGUUCAAAGCUUAUUAUUUGCAAAGGCUGUUCCUGUUCCAGAUGUCUGCAUAGAUCCCCGAUGGAAAUGGUUCAAGGGUUGUCUAGGAGCAUUAGGUGGAAUAUAUAUAGAUGUGACUAUUUCUGAAGAAGAUAAAUCAAGAUACCGAACAAGAAAGGGUAAAAUAUUAACCAACGUCCUAGGCGUAUGCAAUCGAGAUAUGAAUCUUGUGUACGUACUUAGUGGAUGGAAAGGAUCCGCAUUGGAUUCAAGAGUCCUUAGAGAUGCUAUUUCACGUAAUAAUAAUCUCAAGAUACCAAUUGAGGAGCAUGGUGGUAAUGAAGAUGGCGACGAUGAGAUGAUUGACAGUGUAGAGGGCAGCAACGAAUGA